AUGGCUCCGACAACAAAGAAGGCCAAGGGGCCGGCUAAGAAACAGGUCCUUCGAGGCAAAGGACAGAAGAAAAAGGUGUCCCUAAGGUUUACCAUCGAUUGCACUCAUCCUGUAGAAGAUAAUAUUAUGGAUGUUAGCAAUUUUGAAAAAUAUUUACAAGAGAAAAUUAAGGUUGGUGGUAAAACCAACAAUUUCGGCAAUAGUGUUGUUUUAGAGCGUAAUAAGAUGAAACUCUCAAUUAAUAGUGAUGUGGAUUUUUCUAAACGAUAUCUUAAGUAUUUGACAAAGAAAUACUUGAAGAAAAAUAAGUUGCGAGAUUGGUUGCGAGUAGUCUCGAAAGAUAAAGAGACAUAUGAAUUACGGUACUUCCAGAUCAACAGCCAGGAAGAUGAUGAUGAAGAGGAUGCCGAGUAA